UUUUACUUCUUGCACUUUUUUAAGUAUUGACCUUGACAUAAGUCUAUAGUAUGUGAUGUCUCUUAGGUUGCUUUUUGGCUCAGUGAAACUAAGACAUCUUUGGAUGCUAGUUUUGGCAUAUGUUAUCUCGUUCAUUGUGGUGGAUCAUCAUAGCUUUUCGCUGAUACCAGUUUGGGCUUUACAUUUAAAAACUAAUAAACAUGUUCCAGUUGAGUCAGAUGGAAAUUCUAGCAAUUUGUUUAGCACAGUUGUCGAGUACUCAUCACAAAAUUGGAGCAUCUACUUGUCAGUUGCUGUUCCUCAAUCAAAUAGUAGUUCUUCAUACGAUUUGGUCGUUUUCCAACUCCCUAUGUCAAAGUCACUUGAGUUUUCUGUUAUGGAUCCUGAUCGUAAAAUAGCUAAUUUUCUAAAUUUCCGAAAAAUACAGUCAAACAGUUUUAACCGAAAACCGGUCAGGUUGAAAUCUUUGUUUUAUAAAGGUAUUUUGAUCCAUGUGGUUGUAGAAUGUCGCAAAAUUAGCUCUCCAGUGAACUCUUAUGUUUUAUUUGAGAUUGCUGUGUACAAUAGUCAGCUCAGAGAGACAUGGAGGAGAGCUCUUUACCAAAUUCCACUGGAUGAGAACGCGCUAGACUUCAAAUCAGUUCCUAUCUCCUUAUCACUUGAUUUAACAUGCGGUUUGGUUCAUCCUAGACUUUGUGGAGUGAUCUUUGUCGGUUUCCUGACGAACAAUAUCAGCUUAUCACAUUACUCUACCAUAUCCCUUUCAUUGGAUGAUGGGGAAAUACUUUGGCACCAUCUAGUUGGUGAUUUUGAAGAUUCGAUAAAAGCUUAUGAAAGUGAUUUAGUUUUGAAGAACUGGAAAAUACGCAUUUCGAAACAAUAUCUGUUUAGAACACAUAUUGAUGAAUCCCCGUGGACUGAAUUUACUGAAAGUCUCUCCCAUAUUUUCCCUGUUCGUUGGUAUGGUGUGGGUAGUUGUGAAAUUCGCCUUGUAUAUGCAAAGAAACACUCAGAAUAUCCUGUAGAAAAGUCUCUGCGUACCCCAAAUGCAAUUGCUGUGAUCCAUCAAUCAGGUCUAGAUCUUCUAGAUUUAAAAUCUGGUCAUCCGCUUAUGACUAUUACUUUAAGAUGGAAGAUCGGAUCAACUUAUACUAUUCUCUCUACUCCGGUAUCUGAUGGUCUGAUUAGUCGCCAGCUUGGAUCGCCUACAAUUUAUGAACUACGAAUUGCUUCGGAAAUUACGGAUUCCCCAUCAAAUGGUUUGAAGAUAAAAGUGCAUUCUAGUUCUGACCAUGUUAAUUCAUCUCUGGAGAGUGACUUUUCACAUACUGUCGACUGUCAGGGUAUAUUCAUCCGUCACGAAUCUGCACCUAACAACUGGCAAGCAGUCAAAUCGUUUUACUCAAACGAAAUGAUUGCAAUUCAUUCAUCCACUUAUCAUGGUUUGUGUCGUCCUUUCAGAAUGUGGGAGUAUUCCAGACUAGGUAGAUCUAAUUGGCAAGAAGAUUCAAGAAAAUCUACUCCACCAGUUGUGGUGAAAAGACAUAUUCCAUUAUCAGGCUUAGCUAGAUUAUGGUAUUCGUUGAUGCAUGAUAAAUCUGAUGAAUUCAAUCAUUACGGUAUGAAUCAAGAUUUAAGCCAUACAAAUGAUCAUGAACAUCAUGACAUUUACUUUUUAACUUCGGAUGGAAUUAUUACUUCUGUAUCGAACUAUGGGUAUGAAAACUGGCGCGUAAAUUCUGAAGUCUCCUGGUUACAAGUUUCACGAACCUUAGGAACACUUACGUCUCAUGGAGAGGAAAGAUCUGUUGAUAAGCAUUUAGAUGAUCUGUACAUAGAACACUUUCAUCCCUCGUUAACUACAAUCAAUCUUGCAUCUUUAGGACAAGGAUUUGUUCGUGAUCUUAGCGUAUUUUCCAAGAUAAAGCCUACAAUACCUACUAUGCCAUUAUUGGUUUCUACUGGAUGGGAUUCUGUUGGUGUUGUUGAUCGAACUAAUGGUAAAUUAUUGGCUGCUCAUCGACUCCCAACUCAACCAACUGGUCAACCAAUUGUUAUUUCACUUGCACUAUCCAAUACAACUAAAUUUUCAGAAGUUGUAAAUGUUCCUACUAUAUUGUUGGUUCCAUGUAAUGAUAUACUUGUUGGUUUUGUUUUAGUACAAAGUCUACGCAUAUGGCUUUUGAUACCUUUGAUAAUUAGUUUGACUGUAUCAUUCUUUGUGCUUACAUGGUGUUGUGAUUUGGAUGCAUAAACUGUUGAAAACUUAAAAUUAAUAUUAUUCUGUUUUUGAAUAGGUUUAGCUAAUUUUUUGUAUUUAUGAUUAUUGAUUCUCGGAUUUUAUGUGUCGAUAAAUUUUAAUUAGUACUAUUUGCCUCAACCAUCAUUACUUUAAGUUAGUGGGUCAACGCUGAUUUGGAUCUGUUAUUGUUAUAGUCUGUUGUAUUUCCUUCUAAUGUUCUCCUCAUUUGACUUCUCAUAUACUUGUGUAUUUUCUUAACCGUGAUAAGAUCAUUUGUCACAUGGGAUGACAGAUAAAAAAUUUGAUAAGAUUUUCAUUUUUCAUUACUUAUAUCUUUAGUUUCCUUAAAUCAUAAUGAAUUGCAAUAUAAACAAUAAUGAACGUAAAAACGAGCAGCAGUAAGGUAAUUUGAAAUACUUUUUGAGAAAUACAUCAUUCUUCAUUAAAGUUUUGAAAAGAGCGUUUGAAAUCAAACACCCUCUAUUAUAUAUGUAAAUUGAAGAACUCAACUAAUCUUAUUUCCCAACAUAAGACACACAAUAGUUCUCAUGGGAAUCCUCUCAGGAAUAUGAUCAUUACAUUUUAACGCCG